AUGACUGCCUCCACCGCCAUGCGUUAUCAUCUGCUCAACCAAGAAGUGUUCGACGCUGGCUACAAUUACUCGGCGCUCCCGGCCCACGCUCGGGAUGCGGUCAAGAGCGAGGAGGAGAACCUCCGCAAGUUUGUCAGCGCACCGUGGGACAUGUACACCAAGCACAUCUUUCCCAAAAUCGGCUAUGUGGCCAAGGCGGAGAGGGUGGAAAGCAACGACUUCUACGUCCCCCAGACGCGCCAGCGGGGCUAUCUGGUUGCCAUGGACGUCCAGUACCUAUUCUGGCAUCGGCUUGGCCACCAAGUUUGCCGCUGA